AUGGAGAAUCUAACGGAUUAUCCCGAGUACUACAUAGGCUCAUCCGAGUCGGACGUUGACUAUAAUUGGUACGAAGAGCUGUUUGGCGCAGAGGAGACGUUUUCUUUCCAUCACAACGACACGACGGAACAGCGCAACCUUCCGGACAGUCUAACCGGAACGUCGACGGAUCCGGACGUUCCGGUCUUCAUGAAAGCCAUCCUGGGAUCAGUCUACACGCUUACUAUGAUCACGUGCGGCGGGAUUAACCUAAUCCUGAUCUACGUCAUCAUACAGUACAAGAAGAUGCGGAACAUGACCAACAUGCUGAUCGCUAAUCUGGCCAUGUCGGAUUUUCUGAUGGCCGUAAUCUGCGUGCCGUUUGUGAUGGACUACUACAUUGUCCAGUCCCGGGUGUGGACACACGGACAGACGGCCUGCGCAGCGGUCAACUACACCAAGACCAUGUCCCUGUACGUGUCCACUAACGCACUGUUGAUCAUCGCCAUUGACAGGUACUUGGUGAUCUGUCACCCCAGUAUCACCCGGCUGACCGGUAAGUGGGCGGCUGGGGUUGUUGCCUUGGCUUGGCUGGCGGCCAUCUUGUUCGCGGUGCCUGCCGGGAGAUAUUCCGUUGUCAUCCCGUACCACAUAAACGAGCAAGUGUUCUGCGGACAACUCUGGCCAAUACACGAAAAAGAGAGGUACCGGGUAUACUACUUGUCGGUGUUCGUCCUGGAGUUUGCCCUGCCAGUGUUGAUGAUGAUCUUUUGCUACAGCUGCAUACUCAAGAAGGUGUGCUGCCGCCGGAUCCCGGGACAUCAAACAAGUCUGCAGGCAUCAGCCGUUGCGAAGUCUCGACUGAAGGCGGUUCGAAUCCUGGUGGUCAUCCUUGUUCUGUACAUCGUGUGCUGGGGACCGUACCACGUGGUCACGAUCAUCCGGGACUACUACCCGGAAAUGCUGUCCAUGUCUUCCUUCAACAACUCCCUGAUGUACACGGUCGAGGCGCUGGCCAUGGGCAACAGCAUGAUGGACACACUCGUCUACAUUGCGCUGAACGAAAACAUCCGCUCAACCAUGAAGCACGCCCCUCGCGACAUUCUGCAAAACUACAGGCAGUGGCGCGGGCGGAAGGUUCGGCCGAGCAUCCGAAGCUUCGCCGCUAACAUCGGCAUGUCGCCGGCUGGCUCGCAGAGGUCCAUGCGGAAUGUCGGUCUGACCUUCAUAGCGCCUGCGAACGGCGCUCGGAGGUCGCCACGUCAGGAUGCCAUCGGGACUACGUCGGAAACGGAGAUCUUGUAG